UGUAAGCGUCGCGGCUCCCGAAGGAUGUCGUGUCGAGAGGACGUAGGCUAAAGUUGCAGCGCUGGCUAAUGUAACUACAGAUCUGUGACUGACUCUGGAGCUAAUUCAGCAUUAACUUAUAUUUAUACUGAACCCUGAGCGGCGGGGGACUGAGGGAGAGAGGGGCUGAGUUUAGGUGCAGACUGUAAAAUGAGGCGAGCAGGGCUGGGUGAGGGAGCCCCACAAGGAAACUAUGUCGCAAGUGGGUACAGUGUUUAUGAGGAGGAGAACGAACAUUUACAGGAAGGUCUUAGAGCAAAAGUAAAUGCACUGAAGCAUCUAUCAAUUGACAUUGGAAAUGAAGUCAAACACCAGAAUAAAAUGUUGGGAGAGAUGGACACAGAUUUUGACUCCACUGGCGGUUUGCUGGGAGCCACCAUGGGCAGACUGAAGCUGCUUUCCAGAGGAAGCCAAACCAAAAUCUACUGCUACAUGCUGCUGUUUGCUCUCUUUGUCUUCGUAAUCCUUUACUGGGUGAUCAAACUGAGGUGAUGUAAGGACUAAAGAAUCUCACACAUACUCUCCCUCAUGUGCCAUGGCCCAUUGGAUCAGACGAUCAGAAUCACCAGUAAAGAUAAGGAUAAAGAAGAUUGAGUACCACUAAAAUCUGUCCUAUUGGGAAAUCUUUAUCAGAUAUUGUGCAGUACUGUGGGCAGAAACCUCUUAACAUGCCACAAUGUCCUCCUGCCACAUUAGUGAUUUUAGAGGAUUAAUUGCUUUUGAUGUCAGUAUUUAUCCAGAGAUACAAAGACAAUGAUGUAAUACCAGUGUGGGCCAUUGCAAGCUGUUAAGAGUGAUGGUUCAGUAUCUGCUGUUUUGUACAUCACUUAAUGCAUAAUCAUUAUAAACUGGCCCAAAACAAGGAUGUUAAUGUACCUGAGUGAGCAGAUAAAAGCCUUGCUGACGCAGGUCAGACAAAGCAGAGAAAUGCGCUGCCACAAGUAUUGUCUGUUUUGUUGCGUUAACUGAAUACUGUCGACUGCUAAGAGUAAUUUGGGUUUGCGUUUUGUGUUAAUUUCAUCUCUAUAAUAAGAAUGCAUAUUUUAUGUUGUAUUUCUAACGAAACUUGUAAAUAAAUAAAAUGGCAGGCAUUAAAAAUCAUCUGAAGCCAAAA